UGUUAUUUUCUGAUUUUGGCUCCUUUGACAUAGGUUUGGGCUCUUUGAAGGCCAUCUUAGGAACAAUUUUUUCAUCCUUUAGUGGUUUGUUUUCUUUGGGUUUUUUAGAGGAUUCUUCUGAGCAACCCAGCCCCGCAAGUUCAAGUUCCAGCUCUAGCUCCAGUUUCAUACCGUCUCAGAACAGCCGACAGCAAGGUCCUUUGAGGUCUAUAAUGAAAGAUCUGCAUUCUGAUGAUAAUGAAGAUGAAUCUGAUGAAGCAGAUGAGAAUGACAAUGACUCUGAGAUGGAAAGACCUAUAAAUACUCACGGAGGAAGUAGAGUGCGCAGGGUUAGUUUAAGUGAUGGAAGUGACAGUGAUAGCAGUUCUGCAUCUUCACCUCUACACCACGAUCCUCCACCUUUAUUAAAAACCAACAAUAACCAGAUUCUGGAAGUAAAGAGUCCUAUAAAACAAAGUAAAUCUGAAAAACAGAUUAAGAAUGGUGAUUGUGAUAAGGCAUAUCUUGAUGAAUUAGUUGAGCUUCACAGAAGGUUAAUGACUCUAAGAGAACGACAUAUACUGCAACAGAUUGUAAAUCUUAUAGAAGAAACGGGACAUUUUCACAUCACAAACACUACAUUUGACUUUGACCUUUGCUCACUGGACAAAACCACAGUUAGAAAAUUACAGAGUUACCUGGAAACAUCUGGAGCAUCCUGAGGACCUCAAUUGUGGUUGCAUUAAAAACUGCUGAAUUUUUUUUAUCUGAAAAAAAUAAAAUAAAACACUCAGAACGAUGCAGCCAUGGUGCAAAAACCCCAACAGCUCUCUUCAGCUUUAUUUUUUUGUUAAAGCCAGUUCAUCAUCUCUUGAUAAAGGAGAAGAAAAAUGACAAGCCUCAGCGAAUUGCUCUUCUCACUAAGGAAAUGCUCUGGAAGAGUUAGCCUGGAUAGCCUUGAAAAAAAAAACAUUUAAUGAAUGUGUAUGGUAUCAUGUGUCUCUCUCUGUGGUACUCUAGGCCACAAGAUAAAUGCAUGUUCAACACACUGCCUUAUUACAUAACUGAUCUAUUUAUUACUGCAUAUGCAUAUUCUAACGUCCUUGAGGGAAUGACACUACCAGACGCUACAAUGUCCUGUGUCUCACGGAUGCUCCUUGGAUCCAGCACACCACCAUCACAGGCCUUCUGACCUUACUCUUGCUUUGAUGCCACUUUGUCUUGACCUUAUGCUAGUAUGGUGUGAAAAAACCCUGCAUUGUUUGGUUUCAAUUUCUAUGGUUCCCCAAAAUAAGAUACUGGUUGUGGGGUAAGGCAGAAAAGUCGAGAAUAAAUCCAUCUUUUUUUUAAAAAAAAUGCUUAGUCUAUUGUAGCAGGAUUACCCAGGUUAUAAUUAACAUGUUUAUUUUGGACUAUAUGUAACAAAACCAAACAGAAUUCUGACCUACUUCCUAGACUAUAUAGUCAGUAAAUUAACAUAACUUUUAUUAAAGGGGAAAAAAACAAAUAUUCCAAUAUGCUAUCCCAAUUCAGAAUUGCUUUUCUGUCAAUAUUUCUGCACCUGUUUUAAGGUUAUAUUAGAAACAAAUAUAACAUUACAAGGAGAUGUUUGCCAUAAGAGGAGUACUAGUUCCGUUUUCAUAAUAUAGAAAGUCCUUGAUUUGGAACUAUUUAUGGCCAAUGCGCUGAAAAUUAUUUCUAAAUUUCAUUACUUGUUCCAUACUUCACAUUCAGUUGUAAUAGGGCUCUUAACUCAAUUAAAUGAAUUAAUUGGUUAAUCAGAUGAAUUUCAAUUGCAUAAUUAAUGCAUUCUAUGUUUGGAUGUGAAUAAAUGAGUUCUAAACCACUCCCCCACCCCCAUCCUUUUUUAAAAAUAAAUUUCUACAUUCAUGUAUGUAUUGCUAUAGGGACCACCUGAGAACUUGUAUUCCUUCCAUUUUUUUCAGAGAUGAUUGGACUUCUUCCAAAAUGUUAUCUGUCAUACCAUUUCAAACUUUUUAAUGGUAAAAUGAUCUUUUUUUAUAAUUAAAAAAACGGCCAUCCAAUAGAAACAUCUUUCCUUAAUGAAAUUAUCUACUAAACGUUACUGCCCUAAUUUUCAGAAGUAUUUUUUAAUCUUUAACAAAAGUGAUUUCAUAAAACAAAGUAAAACUCCAUUUAAAGAAAGGAGGCAGAAAAGAAGCCUUCUCUUACUGAAGCCAUUAAAGUAGGGAUUUCAAGUGAUAUCCUGAUAGAAGAUGUUGCUUAAGGACUACUUUUGGAUCUGAAGGAUUUGUUAGUCUUUUCAAAUAAGCUGUGCUUGAAAGGCUGUUGUAUAUCCAAUUGCUGCUUAGUGGUCAGAUUGUCAUCUGUUGCUACAGAAUCAUCCUGCAGAAACAUCUAAUGGAUUUCCUUGUUCUAUGUGCACAAUAUGUUGCAGUAUGAAAAAUUAAGUUUGUAGUAAGGUUAUUUCUUUAAUCAUGGGAAUUCUUAACGUUGUUUCUUUAAGUCCAAAGAAAUUGUUUCCUUUUGUGUGUAUGUGUGUGUGAAUGUGGAGGUUUUUAUUUUAUUUUUAAAUUAAAAUAUUUGACCUAAACUACGGAAGUCUAUCUUAGGCUUUCAAAAGAACAAGUGUACUUUUCUUCAGUAAUGUUAUGACUCUUAUUGAUGAUUGGCAUGAAACAUACUUGAAGUGUUAUGUUCUUUUUUAAGUCCAACUGUUAAAUGUGCAAUUGUUGGGAUGGGAGGUUUUUGAAAUCUUUUGACAUCAGGCAUAUGAUGUGAUCUUGGAGUUUGGCGGGAGAUGUUUGAGUGGGUUUUUUAACAUUUUUGUUAGCAUUUUUAUAUGAAAUGUUUGAAAAUCUAAAGGCUGUCUUUCAACUUUUUUUAACAGUGCACAUUCAACACAAUUCAUUUCAAUUGAGCACAAAAUGUGUGCUUUGGGGGAGGGGUCAAUGUUGACUUUUCUAACUAAAUUUUGUGGCAAAACCUCUUGAGAGAUUGUUGGAGCACAGGCCAACAUAACUUUGACUAUAUACUGGACAUGAGUUUUUUCUUUGUUUUUAAAAAGGCAAAAUAAGUCCUUUGAGCCACAAAAAAAAGUAACUGGUGUACAGAAUUUGUGGGGGUGGAGGGGUUAACUAUGUAAAGGGAAUAUUACUGAAAUUACAGUAGACUCUUAACUCUGACUUGCAUGUAGCUCAUCAGUCAUCCUUAUAAAAUGUUAGUUCUCUAGUUUGAUGAGAAUGAGGAUGGAAUAAACACAUUUCAGCUGCAUUUGUGUAUUGAAAGUGAAGAGUGUUUUCCACAAAAUUCUGGUAGAAUAAGAGCUGGUAAGUGGUGUCCUUUUUUAAAAAAAAUACUUUAG